GGGGGCGUGGCCGGCGGCCGCAGCAGCAGCCCCGACCGCAGCAUCCCCGCCCGCUCCUCCUGCUGCUGCUGCUGCUGCGAUGCCGGCCCUCGUGGUGAGCACCAACGUGCCCCGGGACGCGCUGCCCGAGGGGCUGCUGCGCGAGCUCACCGAGGAGCUGGCCAAGGCCACCGGCAAGCCGGCGCAGUACGUCGCCGUGCACGUGUUGCCGGACCAGGUGAUGUCCUUCGGGGGCUCCUGCGCGCCCUGCGCGCUCUGCAGCCUGCGCAGCAUCGGAAAGAUCAGUGCGCCGCAGAACAAGGCCUACACCGCGCGGCUCAGCGGGCUCCUGGCCGAGCGCCUGCGCAUUCCGGCCGACAGGGUCUACUUCUUCUUCUACGACAUGGCCCCGGCCAACGUGGGAUGGAACGGCUCCACCUUCGCGUAGCGGCGCCGCUGCUGCCGCGGGCGGUGGCCGGGGGGGCGGGGCAAUAAAAGCUUCCGAGCGGUC